AAACAUUUCAGGAUGUCCAGGCAAAGCUUCGAGAAUUUAGCCUGCAUGAUGGCAACAUAUUUAAAUAGCAAUGAUUCUGGAGUGCCGGUUCAAACCAAACUGCUAUUGACUUUGUGGACUUUGGCAAAUGUUGAUUCUUUUAGAGGAAUAGGAGAUAGGCUUGAAAUUAAUUUUGGCAGUAUCGAUAGGACCUUUUUAAGGAUUCGGCAAACACUCAAGCAGUGCAAUGUAUAUACACAUCGGAAAAAGUUUUGCGUCGUUACUCUUCAAGCUGUAUACUCUGCCUACGGGUUGACCGCUACACUAAUGAAGCCGUAUCCAGAUAAUGGGCGGCUUGAUGAGACUGAGAAGAACUUCAACCGGGUAUCGUCCCAAAACCGGUCUGCCGUGGAACGAUCAUUUUCCCUUUUAAAAAACAAAUGGAGGCGUCUACGAUAUUUGGACAUGCUUUUGUUAAAUCGCAUUUCAGAUGUCAUAUUAUCUGCAUGCUGCCUUCAUAAUUAUAUCAUACAAAGGGGAGAUGUACAACCAGAAGACCAGUACCGAGAAGAUGAUGAGGAAAACGACUAUGAAGAAGAAGAAAUGGACAAUGCGAGGGGUUCACCACUAAAAAACUUUUCGUACACCUUUCCCGAAAGAGGUUAA